CGGUCGAUACGCAAACGAACGCGCGCCAGAGGUACCUAUGUUAUAAAUACGUCGAGCUCCGCGUCCUCCGGCCGCAGAUGAUAAUAUGUAGCCGCGUCGCGUCUCACCACUGCGGCCGAUCCGAUCGCUGGAUCUCUCCUGUGUGCUAAGUAGUAAGUGUUUUUCGCGUAUAUGGUACCUUCUCCGGGUACAUGGCCGUCGAUGUCGCCGCCGCCGCCACCACGAUCGCAACCACCACCACCGCCAACACCACCCCCGUUCGUCCCCGCAUAAAUAAUAUUAUUUUAUCGUUACACAAAAACCACGUUACGCUUUACCCGCGCUAACCACCCUCCCCCACCGAUCGGCACACCAGACGUCUCCAAUCCGUCCGCCCGCAAUACCGCCCAUACAUACCUAUCAUACGACAUAGUAAUAAUAUACCACCAGUGGUCCACAAACUGUAUGUUGUAUGCUUCGGAUCUGCUGGAAAAAAGAUCAAGAUGUCAACCAUAUCAAGUUUUUGCGAUAUUUUGAUGGUGAAAGUGGUUGGAGACCCUGAUUGGAGGCAGAGAUUCGUCGUGCUCAGCAACAGUACACUAUGGAUUUAUGGGGACGAUCAAGAUCCGCGAAGGACGAAAAUUCAUGCAGUUAGAGACCUGGCAGUAUGCCGAAGAAUUUGUGACGGAAGUCACCUAGUUUUGCAUAUAAAAAACAUAGCUAAAUUAGAUUGGUUUAAGAUUAAAUUCAACACAGAAAAACAACUAAUCGCUUGGAAAAAACGUUUGCGACAAGUAAAAGAAGCUUGGAACGAAGAGACUUAUUUUCAAUACCUUAAUCAAAAAUCUCAGCUUAGAUCUCCAUAUGAGCCAUUGACUAGGAUAAAUCAACAGGUGUCCAGUAAUAAACUAUCAAAGCCUCCACGUAUGCCAUUCUCUAGGAGCCGUUCAUUACAAGAAAUAAUAAGUUGGGAAAAAUUACCUAUGACACUUACUCAAGUAAACAAGGAAAUGCUUUGUGGAAUAAACGACAUAGAUGCAAUUUUAGUCAGAGUUCGAUUAUCAAUCUUGGAAAACGAAAUGGCUUACAACAGAGAAAUGGACAAAAUGUUAGUCGCUUUUAAAAAACGAGCACUGUGGCCUGAUUAUUUUCUGAUGGAUGAUAAAUCGUUAAUUGAACAAACGCUAUCCAAAUUGAAGGAGAGUUCAGACACUCUUUUGCACGAUGUGGAAGACAUGUGGCCAGACGCUCCUAUGGUAUUACAGAGUUUGGACGAUCUAGCUGAUUUAUUAAUUAAACACAUGAAAUCAGUGGCGAGGACCCGAAUGAUUACCUACUGCCAUCUUCUACGGGAUUUUAGGCCUUUCUUGCGAAAUAACUUAGAGAGCGUGGACGACAUAUACGCGGACGUGUACAGCGAACACUUCUAUAUGGAACGAGCGCUUCUGCCCAUAUUCCGGGUGUACAAGCUAAAAGGCAUAUCCAAGAAGCUGGCGGUCAUGCUAGCCACCGAGGAGGACGCCAACAGCGCACGUUGGAACAGGCUGUUCGACCUGUGUCAGGAGACGCUGACCGAGACGUACGGUGAGCUGUCCAGACUGUUCGGCGACUAUUACGCGCUGAGCGUGACGCAGUUGUUCGCGUUCAGCGACAAGCACGCGGCGUUCGAGCGCAACGGCAACAUGAGCCUGUUCGAGAAGUUCGAACUGGCCAGGGAGGUGAGCGAGAUAUGCGACUCGGUGGUGCCACUCAUCAAGGUUGUAAUCGUGGAGGGCGGCAAGAGGGGCGACGGCACCGCCGCGGCCGUGUCGGACGACGUGGUGGCCGCUGUGGAGGCCGCGGCGGCCGGUCAACGGCGCAGAUGUGGCGCCGACUGUUGGGACGAUAAUAACGGGCGCCGGAAGCUGGACGGGGCCGCCCGACCGUCUGAGGAAAUUGCGUGCAAAAAUCCGUUCGGUACCAUCAUGGAAUACGACGUGGACAGAAAGUCGUCAUGCCGGAAGAAUUGCGGCGUCCGCGGCGGAAACAGUAACGUCAAAAACAAGCAGAGGAAGACCGCAGCAGCAGCGUCCGGAAAGUGCAUCGAACUCAAGGUGUACUCGCGUUCGGUCAAUUAUUUCCACGAACAGAUCGACGAACAAGCGGUGGCCUGCAGCGGUUUUGUCGCGACGCGAAUGUCGUCUUCCGCUUCACUGCCAUACUGAUGGGUUGCAUAUAAUACAAUAUUAUAAUUUUAUGUAUAACAUACAUGACACGUAUUAGAGAAAGACAGUGCUUGAUAGUAGGAGGGAUGCGGUGGUCUCAUCCCCUGCAAUUACAAUUAAUUGAAUUUAUUAUUCUAUUACCGGGCGCGUCUGAGACUAACAUAUUUCUUUUAAAAUAAACAUUACGCCUACGCAAUAUCACACAUCCGCACAGACACAGACGUAGACGCAGACACGGACACGGGCACAUACACGGACACAGGCACAUACACGGACGCAGACACGGACGCAGACACGGAUGCACCUGUGUUCGCGCGCCUGGACGCCAACAUGGUACGGCAAUAUCGGCGCUCAACAAUAUAGGUACACGCCGGUACCGGCGUGGUCUACACGCAUUAUGUGCGGCGCGCGCCAUCCGUAUACUGAUAUUUCCAACGACCGGUGCAACGUAUACCGGAGACGGACGAUUCGCCGCAGUGUAAUAAUUCGAGAGGAAUGCCGAACGAAGAGACCGGUGAUUUUUUUCUUGUUGAUAUUUUAGUGCCGGACGCGGAGAGAACAAGAUUAGCAAUAUUGUUGUACGAGUUUGGUCGGUAUAAAAUUUCUUGUAGGUACCUAUAAUAAUCGUUGGCGAGUGAGUAUUUCGGUAAUUUUUGGACGAGGCUUUUUUACAAUAGCCGAUGCACGGUGUCAUAUCAUUAAAUAGCAAUAAAUUAAUCAUAUUCAUAUUACGAUUUUUAAAGUUGAUGAAUACAGAAGGGACACUGCAACGUGAGUUGAACCUAACGCAAACAAAAUACUAACAAUACCUAUAUAGAGAAUAUUAUAUUUCGUUACAAUUGUAGCUGUAGCAAUAGUUCGUAUAACCGCGGUGUGUAAUAAGGGUUACUCUAGUCGGUUACCUAUGGUAGAUACGGUACCUAGCUAUACCAAUCUAGUUCAACUAGUUGUAUAAUUUUUUAUAAAAACGCCCACGAAUACGAUAACCAAAAAAAAAUUGUUAUUAAUUUUAAUAGGCCAUGUAUCAAAACUCGUAUCAAUAAAAUAUUAUUAUAGUUGUAUAAGAACGCAAACGCACACAUUUUGUAAACGCCAUUAUAUUGUUAAUAAAUAAAUAAACGUUCACAGAGAGUUCAA